UGGGGGGCGCAGGACACCUGGGUUCCUUCUCCCAGGUCGGGGGCGGAAGGAGGAGCGAAUAUCCUUAACCCGGGAGGCCGGGGUGGGUGCAGCUCGGACGCCUGGGUUCCCACCUCCCUACCUCUGUUCGGAGCUGUGGUUUCCGUCCCUGCCGCUUCCAAGUCCACCCAGGUCCGGAUCCUUUGCGAGCUGCUUUGGCUGCUGGCGGAAAUGUAACCGGCGAAUGAAUGAAAGUCAGCCCAUGCUGUCUCUCACGUUACUCCUUCCUGCUUCCUUUCCCCGUCCAGAGUGAACGCCAUGGCUUUGCCGUUCGUGGUGGAGAGCCCGGAUGUCCAAUACACACCGGAUUUUAUCGAGGCCAAGUAUUCGUACAGCGCCGUGCAGGUCACGGAGGAGGGUGGCGUCACCAAGGUCACGCCAUCCUCCACCAACCUCACCUUUCGCACGGAGAGGCGGGUUCCCAAGCUGGGAGUGAUGCUCGUGGGCUGGGGCGGGAACAACGGCACCACGGUGACCGCUGCCGUCUUGGCCAAUCGGCUGGGCCUCUCCUGGACGACCAAGACGGGCCAAAAGCACGCCAACUACUAUGGGUCCCUCUUGCAAGCCUCCACCGUUUGUCUGGGCAGCGGAGCCGCGGGCGACGUCUACAUCCCGUUCUGCAAUUUGCUCCCAAUGGUCGACCCGAACAACAUUGUCUUUGAUGGCUGGGACAUUUCUUCCCUGAACUUAGCCGAAGCCAUGCGCAGGGCUGAAGUUUUGGACUGGCCGUUGCAGGAGCAACUCUGGCCGUACAUGGAAGGCCUGAAGCCCCGGCCUUCCAUUUAUGUCCCUGAGUUCAUCGCAGCCAACCAGGAAGAGCGGGCCGACAAUGUCUUGACAGGGUCCAAAGCCGAGCAGGUAGCUCAGAUCCGUCAGGACAUCCGAGACUUCAAGAACUCCAGCGGGGUGGACAAGGUGAUUGUCCUCUGGACAGCCAACACGGAGCGCUUUUGCGACGUGCGACCUGGCGUCAAUGACACCGCCGAGAACUUGCUCCAAGCCGUUGAGCGCGGCCUGGAGGUGUCCCCUUCCACCCUCUUCGCCGUGGCCAGCGUCCUCGAGGGCUGCGCCUACAUCAACGGCUCCCCCCAGAACACCUUCGUGCCCGGGGCCGUCGAGCUGGCUGUCCAGCGGGGGGUCUUCAUCGCCGGCGACGAUUUCAAGUCGGGCCAGACGAAGCUCAAGUCGGUGCUGGUGGACUUCCUCAUCAGCUCCGGCAUUAAGCCGGUCUCCAUCGUCAGCUAUAAUCACCUGGGCAACAAUGACGGGCUGAACCUCUCCGCGGCGGCCCAGUUCCGCUCCAAGGAGAUCUCCAAGAGCAACGUGGUGGACGACAUGGUGCAGUCAAACCCCGUGCUGUACGGGCCGGGGGAACAUCCGGACCACUGCGUGGUGAUCAAAUAUGUUCCCUACGUGGGAGACAGCAAGCGGGCACUGGACGAAUACACCUCCGAGAUCGCCUUGGGAGGCACCAACACCAUUGUCAUUCACAACAUGUGUGAGGAUUCCUUGCUGGCGUCUCCCAUCAUUUUGGACUUGGUGAUUCUAGCUGAGCUUUGCCAACGGAUCCGGGUGAGGAUAGAAGGAGAGGAACAACUUGAGCCCCUUCACAGCGUCCUGUCUCUGCUGAGCUUCCUCUGUAAGGCUCCACUCGUCCCCGAAGGCGCCCCGGUGGUCAAUGCGCUCUUUCGCCAACGGGCCGCUAUCGAGAACCUGUUCAGGGCCUGCGUGGGGCUCCCGCCCCAGAACCACAUGCAGCUGGAGUACAAGACGCAGCGGCCGUGGGGUUGCGCAAAGCGGCUCUGCCCACCCCCUAGCGUGGCUGCUCCCAAGAAGGCACCCCCCCACCUGAACGGUUUUAUGUGCCCUGGCGCAGAAAGCAACGGCCACCCCGCCGCCCAGAGCCACUUAGCCAGCCUGCAGAAUUAGAAGCCACCGCUGCACGGUAGCCAGACCACUGACGGCUCGGACUGUGCAUUACCUGCUCUUCCGUUUGUUGUUUUUGUAUCGGGUUCUUGCAGUUUGGGGAGGGGGGGUUUCAUGCCCUCGAGACAAGGGCGCCUCACCCCCUUUUCCUUGCGCCCCGAAACUUCCCUCGAAAGCUGUGAACGUUCUGUUGAGUUUGAAAUAAUAAAACCUAGCUCUGAUC